AUGGCAAAACAGCCUAGAAAGGUCGUCAUUAAAGGGAGGAAAUUACAAUUUCUGUCUGAGUCAGACACAGGACAGUCUGACGAUGAAUCGGAUGAUGAUAAUGUAUUGUCUGUCAACGAGCGCCGUUCAGUGCCUGUAGUCGAAAGUAUCGAAACCCCUUUGCAAAGGUAUAUGCACAAAGCGAAACGCGACAUAGAUGAAAAGAAAGACGCACUUUAUAAGCUAGAAAUGGACGAACGCGAUACGCAAAGAAAACUCUUACGGGUGAAGUCUAUCAGUAGAGCAGAGGAUGGGAAUAGGUGCCGCAACUGUCAUUUGCGGUUGGGACAUACUGCAAGAAAUUGUGAUUUUGAUAAUAUCGAUAUUUUGAUACUAUUUGAUAUUGAAUACGCAAAUUUGAAGAGUCUCUAUAGAAACUACCAACAUUGGAGAAUACGAGGCUUUCUAGCCCUUCCAAAGCGGUUUUGCAUCUUUCGUACUCGUGGCCGUACAAAAUUUUUAUUUGUGCAGACAUACUUUAACAAUAAGAGCGACUAG